AAAGAAAGCGAGAGAGCGAGAGACAGACGUCAGAGAGAGGGAGAGUAUGCAGCCCGCCAUACAGAAGUGUAUAGGGCAGUGGAUGUAAAUAAACCGUGUACUGUAUCCAUACUUUUCUUAUUCCCACCCCCUUUUGCCCGAGACAGAGACGGGGCUUGGAUAAUGAUCGGGGGAAAAAGAUUAGUGGGGACGCCCAUAAUUAAAUAAUCUGAUAACGUAAGGGGCCUUCUGAAAAUUUUGAUUCAUUCAGAGGAAUCGUAAAGUCCUUGCAGCGUUAAGACAGAAGACACCGCAGAAAAAAGGAAGGAGAGAGAGAAGGGUGAGGACCGGGAGCGCUGGAGAGCUCGUCGCCGGCUUCCGGACAUUCAGGGCGGCAUUAAAAUCGCAUACGUCGCUCCUGGGGGGACAGCAAGCCAAAUAUCUUAAGUAUUGGACUAAAAUCUCUGGAAGCGGUAGAUUUUGUUUUAGCGAUGUCCAGGAAAGUCCAAAGAAGCGAGGUGUGCGCCGACUGCAGUGCACCAGACCCGGGCUGGAGCAGUAUAAACCGAGGGGUUUUGAUUUGUGAUGAAUGCUGUUCUGUGCACCGGAGCCUGGGCCGACACAUUUCCAUCGUCAAACACCUGCGACACAGCGGCUGGCCUCCUUCCUUACUGCAGAUGGUGCAGACGUUAGCCAGUAACGGCGCUAACUCGAUCUGGGAACACUCCCUGCUGGAUCCAGCACAAGUUCAGAGUGGGCGCAGGAAACCGAACCCACAAGAUAAAGUCCACCCCACUAAGUCAGAGUUCAUUCGCGCCAAGUACCAGAUGUUAGCCUUUGUCCACAAGCUGCCCUGCCGUGAUGAUGAUGGGGUCACUACGAAGGACCUCAGCAAGCAACUGCACUCAAGUGUGCGGACAGGAAGUCUGGAGACGUGUUUACGGUUGCUGUCACUGGGGGCACAAGCCAACUUCUUUCACCCGGAAAAGGGCACGACCCCUUUGCAUGUGGCUGCCAAAGCGGGGCAGGUUCUGCAGGCCGAGCUGCUGGUGGUGUAUGGAGCGGAUCCAGGAGCUCCAGAUAUCAAUGGCCGUACACCUAUAGAUUAUGCGCGGCAAGCAGGUCACGUGGAGCUCGCUGAGCGCUUGGUGGAGUGUCAGUAUGAGCUCACGGACAGACUGGCCUUUUACCUGUGCGGACGUCGCCCAGAUCACAAGAACGGUCAUUAUAUCAUCCCUCAGAUGGCAGACAGAGCUCGCCCUAAGUGCCCGACGCAGAGCCUGGACCUCUCUGAACUGGCCAAGGCAGCCAAGAAGAAGCUUCAAGCGUUAAAUAACCGCUUGUUCGAGGAGCUGGCUAUGGAUGUGUACGACGAAGUGGACCGUAGAGAGAAUGAUGCAGUGUGGCUGACAACUCAGAACCACAGUACGCUUGUGACCGAACGGAGUGCCGUCCCCUUCUUACCCGUCAACCCUGAAUACUCAGCGACACGCAACCAGGGACGGCAGAAAUUGGCUCGCUUUAAUGCACGAGAAUUCGCCACCCUCAUUAUUGACAUUCUCAGUGAUGCCAAGCGGCGGCAGCAUGGAAAAGGCCUGACAAGCCCCACAGACACACUGGAUCUGAGUCAGGCAGACGAUGACCAGCACGAUUAUGACAGCGUAGCGUCUGACGAAGACACAGACAGCGAGCUGACCGCACAUAAUAACAACAACACCCAGCGCAACAACCGGGCCAAGAGCAUGGACUCAUCCGACCUGUCAGAUGGGCCCAUCACACUACAGGAGUAUCUGGAGGUCAAGAAAGCACUGGCCUCCUCAGAGGCCAAAGUUCAACAGCUCAUGAAGGUCAACAACAACCUGAGCGAGGAGCUGCGGAGGCUACAGAAGGAGAUCACGCGGAUGCAGACGGAGAACAGCGUGCUGCGGGGGGCCCAGGCUGGGGCCGGGGGCGCUCUGACCGGGGGUGGUGGCACAGGGCUGUGGACUGGUGGGGUAAGGGGUACAUGUAGUGGAGGAGGGGUAGGCGGAGACUCCGGCCUAACCGCACCCUCGACCGCUCCCCUCCGCCGGGAUAGACAAGCUUUCUCUAUGUAUGAGCCUGUGGGGACCACCCCCAAAGCUCUCACCCCAGCCCUGGACCCCCUGACGGGCCGCCUGCAGCCUCUCAGCCCCGUGCGAAAGGGCGCCCCUGCGGGUCCCACCCCCUACGGAGGGCCGCACCUGUCAGCCUCCACUGACGGACGAUAUAAUCCUCCAAAAGCAGGAGAGAAAUACGGGAGCGGUACUGAUAGUGACUAUGACAACUCUCAAACAUACGAUGUCUCUCUUGGUGUGGGCCGCAGCAGUGAGGAGGACAGCAGGGGGGAUGUGGAAGACACAGAGGGUGACCCUGACCCCACGCUGCCCUGCACAGAAGACGUCAUCCUCAAAACCGAGCAGGUCACCAAGAACAUCCAGGAGCUCCUGAGAGCUGCACAGGAGUUUAAACACGACAGUUUUGUGCCAUGCUCAGAGAAAAUCCAUUUAGCUGUGACGGAAAUGGCCUCGCUGUUUCCUAAGAGACCAGCGCUGGAUGCAGUACGUUCUUCCUUGAAGCUCCUGGGGGCCAGUGCGUCCCGUCUGCAGGUAGAGUGUCGUAAAGCGGCGCCCUCCGACUCGUCGGCCAGCACAGUGGACUACCAGCUGCUCACCCAGCAGGUCAUCCAGUGCGCCUACGACAUCGCCAAAGCUGCCAAGCAGCUGGUCACCAUCACUACCCGUGAAAAAAAACAGUGACCCACCUGGCACACUGGGGUCCAGCGGGAAGGGGCAAAGACUGAGAAACGGGAGAGGAGGAAGACACUAAGUAAAAACUGACGGCUGGGAAUCUUUGGUCAGGUUGAUAGAAAAAUUAUGUGAGGGAACGAAGAUGGGGAAAAAAAAAAGUUAAAUGCAUGGGUGAUCAAUCCAGCUUUGGCCACCCGGACGCAGAGAUAUGGAAUGUUUGGGAGAAGCCGAAUGGAGCGGCCUGGUUUUCCUUACUCUUCAGUUCUGUUUUUCAGGAGGAUCUUCUCUCGUCUACACAUCUAAAUAUAAUAACACUACACACGCAGAUCCACAAUUCAGUGCUGAUGGUCUGUUAGUGCAUGGGCGGCUACUGUUUGGUUCUCUUCGUGAAAUACUCAAGCACUCCUAACCAUCACAGAACCAGAAAUGUUUCUCCUAAAUCGUUUAUUUUCUGUUUUUCCUCUCUCUCUCUCUCUCUCUCUCUCUCUCUCUCUCUCUCUCUCUCUCUCUCUCUCUCUCUCUCUCUCUCUCUCUCUCUCUCUCUCUCUCUCUCUCUCUCUCUCUCUCUCUCUCUCUCAUUCGAUUCAAUUCAAGUGCCGCUCCAUUGGCCUGUUUCUCUUGGGACAAAUGUACUGACUUUAAACAACAACACACUGGAGUUAUUUUAAUGACUAUGACUUGUUUCGCAUUAUUGUUACAAUUAUUGAUGUCUUCUUUUGAUUUUCGUUUCGGUUUGUCAAGUGGAAAUCACACAGAGCUUUGCGAACAGUAACAGGGGUGAACGAUAACCUGUGAAAACUAACCAGAACACUCCCGUCCUCCAGUGGUAGAAGCACUGGUUCACUCACACAGUGUUUUAAUAUGUAUACUACAUUGUUUUUUUUUUUUUUGUCGAAGUGCGUUGAACACUAGCCAAAGGAGCAGAGGGGAGUGAUGACACUACAGUUGCGGAUCCCUCUUUUUUUUUUUUUUUUUUUUUUUUUUCGUCGUCUUCGAGCACAAAGACAACAGUUGGGGUUGAUGUACAGAAAAGGCUCGCCGGAUCUCGUCCUGGCUCCUCUCAUCUCAUCUCAAUCCCAACAUUAAUGGGUUUUGCUAUCAGAACAAUGCAAAUGUGUUAGCACAAUCAUUGUCUUCAGCUUAUUAGUUUAGGAUAAGACACCAUGUCUUCAUUUUCUGCACAUUAUUGACUUAAUUGAAUGGCCUUCUUCAUCAGUUUAGCGGAGUAAAGAGGACUCUUCACUUCAGGACCAGGCUUUUUUUUGUUGUUUGUGUGGUGGUUUUUUCCAUUUGAUUUCAUGCUGUUCUUUAUAUUUCAUGAUUUUUUUUUUUUAUCGAGCAUAUGUUGUAGUUAAUGUUUAUUAAUGUAAGAAGAUCCUUAUGUUCUAUAAGCUACAAGCAUGUGAAUGUUGAUGGUUGAAGACGACCACUAUCAAUGUUCUCAUCACUAACAUUUCAGAUACAGUCACAGGGAAAACAUGUGAUGUCCAUCUGCUGCAUCAGGACCAGCGUAGUCACAUUCUGUGGCAUCAGUCGGUGUGAUCGGUGAGAAUUGUGGGGGAAUGAGCCCCUCGUGAUAUCGAUGUUCAUGGGAGAGGAGUUGAACUGGAGCUUCCAGUACGAACGCACACGUAGAUGAACGUUUGAUGCCACAUCUGUGUGCGUGCGCGAUCAAAUCAAGUAUUUGUUGUACAGUUACUUUGCGUUUUAGAUGUCAUGCUACAGGCCUUAAACUUCCUGUUAUUUUCCAUAUCGGUUUUACCCUACCAGCCUUUUAAGUUAAGCCUUUUUUGUUUUGUUUUUGCUUUUUUUGUUUCUUUAACUUGGGGAAUGGGAUAAAGUUAGCGUCCCCUGAAAAAGUGUCAAAAAGAUUGUCUGAUCAUUGCCUUUGCACAUCUGCUAGACUGAUUUUAAUCAGUACUCGAGUGACUCUCUAGAAGCACAUGGUGAGUAAAAACCGUGUAUGCAUAAAUAUACAUUUCUUUUCUUUGUAUAUUUAUAUUUAUAUAAAUAUACAAAUAUACAUUCGUUUUCAACUAAAAAUGUCAGGAUGGUCACUGGGUGAUGGCUUACUGUGAUGAAGACUUGGGAGAAAGAGCUUGGGCUGUUAUUUAAUAAGCACUAAAUUCAGAGAGGUAUCUGGGAAAGGGAGUCUUUGCACACACACUUUGUCCAACUCUGGAUCUGAUUCCUUUCAAAGUAGUAAGUAGACAUUUUCCCAGUCAUCCUGCUGCAGAUGCAUACGUGGCUCAAAUAAUGCACCGGUGAAAUUAUUUUUGAAGACUAAUACACACAUUCUCUCUCUCUUCCGUUAUCUGUCAUACUAGCUGCACUGUACUUGUUUGUUAUCACUCGUUCUUACAUGAGAGAUUAGCUGAUGGGAGAAAUUUGUUUAGCAGAGGCUACCUGUAAGAUAUAGAAAUUAAAUAAAAAGACUAAGCAAAACCAUUUAAAUCGUAAUAAAGACUCAUAAGCUGUACAUUUGUAAUAAAUAAAAGAAAAAGUU